ACAUCUCCUGAGUGAUAAGUUCAGAAACAUGACUGAGGAGAAGAAGGUAAUUGUCAGGGAUCUCGGAUUUGGAGGGUUGAUGCACAUCCCACCACUAAGGGUGGAUCACCAACUCUUAAGGGAACUGGCAAACAACUUCAAACUUGGGGAGAACAAACUGAAGACAGGAUAUGGUUCUUUCCAAAUAACACCAAAGACAAUAGGUGAUGCGCUUGGCAUCAAUGCAACAGGAAAUCUGUUUCCUGAGAAAGUUGAGUAUAAGCAACUUUCUGACGAUGACAAAAUAAUUUAUAGAAGAUUCCAGGGUAAGACCCUCAAAAGUCUUACCAAUGAAAUGAUGGAAAUCGGCGUUGGCAGCGAAGAGGAACUCCUGAUGUUCAAGAGGAUAUUCAUCCUCUACAUACAGAUGGCGUUCCUUUUGCCAACGACGAUAAACAAAAUAUUACCUGUGCACCUGGCCCCAAUUUUUAAGAUGGACGGCAUAUCGGAGAGAAACUGGGGGGGACAUGUUUUGACCUUCAUAAUCAAGGGCAUCACAGACUACCAGGAGAAGAAGAAGAAGGCAAGAAGAGGGCUGAAAGACCACCAAAGUCUUGGAUUGCGAACUGGACUAAGGAGCAGUUGGUGA